AUGGCUCGUGCAACGCGCUCUCAGCCUCAACCUUCACAGUCUCAGCCGCGGCAACGCGCAGGGCGCGCAACAAACGGCCGGUCGCAGCCUGUCGACGAUGGAUAUGACGAUGAAAAAGACGACGACCUUGACGCGGGAGGUUACGCAGAUGAAAUGGACGUUGAUGGCGAGGGAGGAGAUGCCUCUCAAACAGAGUUGGAGCGCAAGGCAGGCGAUCUUGCACGGUUGGCGCUGUCCGCAGAAAGCAGGCGCGUGCCCUUGAAGCGAGAUGAAAUCUCGAAGAAAGUUUUGGGCUCUAGUUCGCGACAAUUCAACGUGGUCUUCGCCAGAGCACAAGAAAUUCUCCGCAAGACAUUCGGCAUAGAAAUGGCUGAGCUGCAAUCUCGCGCCGCUCUUGCCCAAGACGCCGACGAGCCCGAGCCCACCCAAGCGGCCAACGGCGGAGCAGGCAAGAAAGGAAAGAAGGCAGCAGGCGGGAAGCGUGCCGCUGCAGGAGGCCCGAAGUCGUAUAUUCUCCGCUCCCUCCUAGACACCGCUAUCAUAGCGCGCGCCAACGCGCCCGACCGCGAGCUUCGCCGUCUCGAGUCCACGCAUGCGAACAUCACGAACGAGGAUUUCGCAGACCUCUACGACAUCGACGACGAGGACGCCGAUGCGACGGCGCGGGCUACUGGCAGCAUACUGGCCUGGGAGCAGAGCGACGAAGUGGCGAGUAUGGGCGUGUUGCACAUCACGCUUGGGCUCAUCCUCACAGACGCCAGAGUGGGGCGGGACCACGAACUACGGCAGGUCUUCAAACGGCUCAGGCUGGGGCCGAGUACGCAGAUGCCGCUGAGCGCGCGCUCAACAGCCCAGCUCUCAUUCGACCAGCUGCUCUCUUCCUUCGUCCGCCAAGGCUACCUCGACCGACAGCGCGUCGGCGAGCCAGGAAAGGGCAAGCGCGGGCGUGGCCCUCCUGCUGCGUCCCAAGCACCUAACGGCAAUGCGACUGGUGAGGAACAGUGGGAGUGGCGCUGGGGCCCUCGUGCGCACGCUGAGGUUGGCGAGAAGUUCGUGACCCGGUUUGUCGCGGAGUUCAUGGUGGAUAUGGAGAUGAAGGGUGCCGCGGCAGAAAGCGAGGAGGACGCCGAUGCUGAGGCUGAGAGGGACGAAGAGUGGCGCAAGAGGGUGGAGAGGGUGUAUAACGCGAUUGAGCGAGCUGCGGGCGGUGCAGCCUUGCAGGACAUCAAGUAG